GUUUGAUUAGUGAGCUUUAAUACAGAUGAAUGGGGUGUUCUAUAGUGCGUAGGAUAUGAUUAAAUCUGUAUAAAUAAUAUGCUAACUAUUGAUUUCUUCUAAUACUAUUAAUUAAUGGGCUAUAAAUUUUGAGUGGAGUCUUCAGUAUCAAAGUAAGAGCAUAUCUCCCCUUCGUAAAGCUAGCUGGCUUUAUAUAUCUGGCACACCCAUGACUUCCAAGUGCAAGUUCACCAAAUUAGGCGUAGUAAGCUCCUUCUCCCCCGGAUUCGGUAAUUAGUUGUUAGACUUUAUCUACUGCUGCGUUAUUCCUCCACUAGGCGAAAGAAUAGGGACUUCCUUCCAAAGAAUAGCAACCAAACUCCUAUUUCUCCUCCACGUGCAGUCUCUUGACUUCUUCAUAGCCUUCUUUUGUAUUUAUCCUCCUUUUAAAUAGGGAGAAUUUGACUUUGCACCCCAUGUUUUAGGUGAUAUUUGACUUUGCACCCUAUUUUUAAAAUAAUUAAUGUAUGCACCCAUCAAUCCAAAAAUUGUGAAGGAAUAGGGUGCAAAGUCAAAUGGUUUUAUGGGAGAUUGGGGUGCAUACAUUAAUCAUUUUGAAAAUAGAGUGCAAACUCAAAUAUCACCUAAAACAUGGGAUGCAAAGUCAAAUUCUCUCUUUUAAAUAUCAGCCAAAACACGUUGAAAUCUCCUAGCAUGAUCCAGGCCUUAUCCGACAAAGUAGCAAGAUGUUUUAUAAGAUUCCAGGAGUCUCUCCUCCUACCUCUUUCCGGAAAACCAUAAUAGCUGGUGAAUCGCCAUUUCUGGUCAUCGGGUUCCAACUGUAUUUCAGUGUCAAUAUAGUUGCCCCUUAAUUUCCAUCUCUAUACUGCUUCUCCACAUUAAGCACACCCCCUCGCUCAACCCCUGGUUGUCCACCGAAAAAUGGUACCUAGAGUCGUUUGAUUUUGUCUCCAUAAAAAAAGGAUCCAUAGUUUCUUGGAUUGUAUUAGAUCAACAAGGAUUUGCACUGUCGCUAGAUUUCCGAGGCCCAGGCAAUUCCAGCUCACGACUGACAUCUCCCUGGAUCUUCUUCUCGUUCGAAUUCACCCAUGCGUUCAGAAUCUUCUGGAUCAAAAUAACAGACCCUUCUGUUGAAACGACAAAGAUCCGUGCUCUUGUUCCAUUCAAGCUUGCCUCUGCGUUCAAAACUUCCAGAUCAAAAUUGCGAGCCCAAUAGAUGCAGAUCCUCCUGCGUUCGGUUCUACGUCCCCUGCUUAAUCCCACCGGCCACGGCCAAGUCAAAUGCUUCAGAAAACUGUUCAAGACUAAACCGGGCGUAUGUCGGAGGCGCUGCCGUCGACCCAAAAAACCCUAGCGAUACACGCUAGGUCCGUCCGCCUUAAGCCAUGUUGACACUUCUAAAAUAGAUGUCUCGUAUUCAAAUAUGGAAUGUCCAAGUAAUAAAGUGUUAUUAUGUGAAGUAAUCGCAUUUAGAAAUAGAGAUAUAAUACUUGAGGCACAUAUGCCUCGUUAAAAUAAGAAAGUGUCACAUGAAAUAGUAGGAUUAAGAUGGGAGAGAGAUAAUGCACUUAUUGACUUAUGAGUUAUUAGCAUCUAUAAAUUUUUAUUAAGAAAUUGCCCAAAAUAGGACUAAAACAUGGAUUAAACUCCAAAAUAGGACUUUAAGUUUUUUAUUUCCUAAAUAGGACUCAUGAUUACACUUUUGCCCUUCCUUUUAUUAAACUCAACUUCUCGCUCUGGUUUGCGAUUUCUUCCGCCCCAUUCCCCCAGUUCUUGCGAUUUCUUCCGCCCCAGGCUCCCAGCUCUUGUGAUUUCUCCCAUCGGCGCCAUCACUAGCAGCUCUCCCAGAUCAAAGCUUCCCAUCGACAAAAUCAAUAGUAGCUCUCCAAAUCAAAGCCGCUGCAGACUCCUCCAACAAUUACAGAAACAGGGAUCUGGAAGAAGAAGAAGAGAAGAGGAGGAAGAAAAUGGAAGAAGAUGAAGAAGAAGAAAGAGGAAGAAAAAAGGAGAAGGAAGAAGAGGUUAUGUUGUGCGCUGCUUUGGAUUCUCUACGGACCAGAUGUAUGCGGCAAUGUAAUUGUCGACGAUGCUAGUCUGCCAGUUGAAGCUAGGGCUUGCUACUUGCACCUUCUCACGGGUGAUAUCAUAUCGGGAAGACGUGGUUCGUGCUUCCUUAUUUUCUUUCAAAACUACCAAACACUUGCUCGUGGAUAUUUGUUUUACUAUAAACUAUUUUUGGGGCUUGCAUGCCCAUGUUGUUGGCCGGUUGUGGCUCAUGACUUACCGUUGAAUAUUUCCGCUAUUCAUUGGUUUAAAUGUGAUGUUGUUAUGUAUGUUUACUACUGAGUAUGGAUGGAUUGUUUUCUCGAACG